UAUUUCUGGGCUGUUCCCAGUCCUCAGUCGCAGCGGAAGAACUCGAGUUGGCCCGAGUACAGGGCUUGUGGCAGACGACAAUUCAGUUUGGUUUCGCGAAGUGGAUUUCCAAACGGGGAGUAAUAUCAACAUGGAUAUCUUUGCUCCUUUCGCAUGCUUGAUAUUUCUGAAUGCACUGUUAUGCUGUCAUUGUGAAGUAACAUUGACGUCAUCUAUACAUUUGAUGAACAUCAACGGCCAUGUGACCUUCAAGCAAUCUGCUGUGAAUCAAGCUACGUCCGUGACCUUCAACCUGACCGGCGUUACAGGUAGCCUUCAAUGGGAGCUGAGACAGUCCUGGGUAGACUUCACGGUGAAAUAUAAGUGUGGGGACAUGGUCAUUGGAACCAGUCUCCCUAAUAUUGGAUCCACCAUUUCUACGGGCCAAGAGACAUUAACGAUACAAUCCAGCGUCGUUUCCGAUUUGUCCGACCUAAUGGGUCGGUCCCUUCUCCUAGCCAACGGCAGCGACAAGGCCUGUGGGACCCUGGUGAUGCCGUCCGCCCAGUACAGAACAGCCUCCGUCCAGUUCCAGGGCUCAAUAAACGGGGAGAUCUGGUUCCGCCAGGCUGAAGGGAUGAGGACAGAACUUCGGGUCGACCUCUUUCAACCAGCUUCAACAACCACAGACUAUGCGUGGAAAAUAUACUCAGGGACGGUACCAAAUUGCAAAAGCCUAACUGCACUCUUUGACCCUUCUUCAAAAUCCGCAGGAGCAUGUUCGACUAAUAACCCAGGCGCAUGCGCUGUCGGUGACCUGACCGGAAGGCUUGGCAGGGUGAUGGUUGGCGCCACAGCAGGAUCAGCCCGGAAGUUUGUCCACGAUAUGUAUCUGAAUCUGUCAGGAGACGCCAACAUUACGGGCAACACACUUGUCCUCCUUGACAAUGCGAAUAUGAUUGUAUCUUGUGGGAAGAUCAUGGCGGUCACAGAGAAACAAGCUUCGGCUGUUUUCAACAAAGCCGGCGUUGUAGGAAGUGUUCAUUUCAAACAAGCAUCACCUUUCGAACUUACAGAAAUUUCUGUCGCUCUGUCGAGACUGGCCAGGAAAGCAGGAGGGUACCACGUCCAUUUGUAUCCUGUUCCUUACCAACAAACAGCCAGCCAGCAACUGUGUUCUCAAGAUGCAGUAGGUGGACAUUGGAACCCUUUCGGCAUGCCCUUCCCGACCACUGGUUCGACUACAGAUCGUUUCGAGGUCGGGGACAUCAGCGGAAAGUUUGGAAACCUUGCUGAUAGGGAUUCAUACUAUCAAACGAUGAAAGACUAUAACAUGCCAAUGUUCGGGCCGUACAGCAUCAUUGGAAGGUCGGCUGUCGUUCAUAAAAGUGUCGCAGGUGCGCCGAGGUGGAUAUGUGCCAAUAUCAACGACUUACGCCCCAGAUCUUUCGCUGCUGCUACUUUUAAGUAUCCCAUUAUCGGUAAGGUCAUUUUCAGCCAGGCAGUGGGGGACCCCAUGUCGGACACAUGGAUCUUUGGCCAACUUAACUAUGCAGAUGGAACCGCCAAUCCUAGCCAGGGCCACCGCUGGAGUGUGCAUGAGAAUAAGGUCGGCGAUGACGCGAUGAAAACACCGGGUCGGUGCGCCUCCGUCGGCCCAAUCGUCAACCCGUUCAGGGCAAACAUGUCAGGAGAUUACUCAUCUCAGUGUAAGAUGUCCAACCCCUUACGCUGUCCAGUUGGAGCUAUGACAAAGUUAACAGGUGCCCUGAAAAUCAGAUUACAAAAUGGUGCCCCAUCCAAGUUCUUCUUUACGUCUAGGAAUGUACCCCUUAGUGGUGCUGCUAGUGUCGUUGCAAAAUCAAUGUUGAUCCUUUCCAAGGACAAUGGAGAUGCUCCUCUAGCCUGUGCUGACAUGAUUCAUCUAAGAACACGAUACGCUACCGUUGACAAGUGGGUUCAGAAUGUCACUGGGUUUAUCAACUUUACUCAAAAUCACGGUGACACCAGUGAUGAUACUUUGGUUUCGAUCGACAUCGAGAAUCUUGGUCGGCAAGCUGGUGGCUACCACAUCCACGAGCUUCCAGUGCCGUCCGAUAGCAAGAGUCCCUGUUCGGGCGCAAGCGUGGCUGGACACUAUAAUCCUUUUAAGGUUAUCAUAGCCAAUAGUCCGUCCCCUACAAAUGGAACCUACGACCAAUUUGAGGUCGGUGAUCUGAGCGGCAAGUAUGGCCUGCUGAAUAACGAAUCGUCGGAGGACAUCGAAAAGCGUGACAACAUGAUCAAUUUGUUUGGUCAGUACAGCGUCGUUGGGAGGUCUGUCGUCAUACACAAGAUGGUUGCAGGUGCUCGCUGGACUUGCGGCAAUAUCACGGAGGAUGUGUCGAUGACUGGCGGUAUGAAACAUAUGGCGAAAGCUAUGUUCAAUGCCAGUCACUCGGGUAUCAGCGGAAGUGUCACUUUUACCCAGUACGUGUACGCCGAUGGAAGCAUGAGCGACACCACCGUCUUUGCCAAUCUCGUCGACCCCGACGGCAGGAGUACAACAGGACAUAUGAUGGCCGUCGGUAGUCGAUCAGCUUGGGGCGACCGGAAGUCAAGCAGCAAACGAUGUGACAGCGCAGGCGCGAAGUUCAACCCUUUUCUCGUCAACACCCAAACGCGAUAUUCGGAGUGUUCCAUUUCAAACCCACUACGGUGUUCAGUCGGUGACAUGUCAGGCAGACUUGGGACAUGCAGUGUUGGUGGCAAGAACCUCUACACCGAUAUCAACCUGUCGAUCUUUGGAAAAUAUUCAGUUAUAGGACGAUCCUUUGUCUUGUACGGCCCCGAUGGAAGUACGGACCGCAUCGCGUGUACUAACAUCCUGCCAAUGUCGGCGAUGCAGUCCUCUCUCUUCAUCGAGAAAUCCGCCUCCAUGUCAACCCUUGAGAUCGCGCGCACGUACGCCAGGGCUUUGGACACCAAUGAAUGGAACGUCGUGGUGUCUGGAGACGACAGCAAAGGCGACGGAUGCAUAUCGGUGCUUGUCCACUUCAUUGGUAAUAACGCAAGCGGAUUGCGAGCCCGUUUCAACCAAAUGGUUUCGCAAGGAGGUAAUGGGAAACUGGGGGCGUUCAGUCCCGUGACGUGCUCAGCAGAUAAGCUCGGUGUAUCCAUUGUGUUGGUCAGCCUGUUAUUAUUAUGCAAGAAGAUUAUCUUAUGAUUGUAGCAUGCCCAUAUGUUCACUACAGUUUAAUUAACUAAAAAUAACAAUGAUUUAUGAGUAAAAUUUUAAAAGGAUCUGAAAUGAGUUUAUGUCAAAAUGUGAUUAGGAUAGGCCAGGUGUCUGUCUUCAAAUAGAGUCGUGACAACUGGGUGAAAUAUUGUUCUUUUAGUCGCACAAACUACGCAAAAAGAUGAGUAAUCUUUAAAAUCAACUGCCCCUUUUAUAUUUUGUUAUAAUCCAGGGUUCCGUUGUACAAAGCAACCUUAGCGCUACGCCUGUCUGUCUUAAGGUAUGGGAGUUACGAUCACCUUAGCGCUACGCCUGUCUGUCUUAA